GAUUUCCAGAGCUUGGACCAAUGAUAGGAGCAGCGGGUCGGAUAAACUUAUGUGCCGAUCCUUGGCCCGUUCCGAGCUUCGCGGGACCCAUGCAAAAAAACUUCCCAGCGAAUUUGGAGCUCGAGCAGUUGAAUAUCCCCCACGCUCAACAGCAGCUUUUGUCGCAUUCUUCACAGGGCGAGCCAACGCAAGGAACCCUGCCGUCCAUAUCCAGUAUCCCACGUAUCGACUAUUCGUACACAAUCACAGCGAUACCCAAACGUUAAGAUGGCUGACCAGAACACCUCUGCCGCCUGGCCGCUGGCUGAUGCCGCGCUCUCUCAGGAGAUCCUGGACCUUGUUCAACAGGCUAGCCACUAUCGCCAGCUGAAGAAGGGAGCCAACGAGGCCACCAAGACUCUCAAUCGUGGUAUCUCUGAGAUCGUCGUUCUUGCCGCCGAUACCCAGCCGCUGGCAAUCCUUCUGCAUCUCCCCCUUCUCGCAGAAGACAAGAACGUCCCGUAUGUCUAUGUGCCAUCCAAGAUUGCGCUUGGACGUGCUUGUGGUGUUAGCCGUAGCGUUAUUGCUGCCAGCAUCACCACCAACGAGGCCUCCGAGCUCAUGAACCAGAUUCGCAGCUUGAAGGACAAGGUUGAGCGCCUGAUGAUCUAAUCCCAUGCUUCGGGAAGAUUUCUCGACCCAUUAGGGACAAUGAACCUCGAGUCGAGUGCCGUAUACUGUUGAAUAGGGAACGAAGGAAGGAAUAUGCGUUUCUGGUGCUGAUCAGUCAUUGAGGCUCUCUAGAGGGCAAGGAUAUGAGAUCGAUCUAAUAAGACAAAAUACACAAGCCAAAUUUGUAACAACCUUUGACCUUGCCCAUCUGCGCUUCGUGAAUACUAUUUUAUUGUUAAUAAGAGUUGCGUCACACCUUGCUGCUCAGUCACCUGGGGGCAGAGAUAGCAAAAAGAGACAAAAUGAUCCCCAUAAACAUCCCUACCUGAGGUUGUGAUUUGUAGGAAACGGAGGGCGCAGUGGAAGGCCUCAAAAGCGAACUUCGAUAAGGUAUUGUCUUGG